AAUAUGAAAACUACGUGCACAUAUGGUUGGAAAGCUUCAACCUUUCUGUUGGGCCUAUUUCUUUUUUCUCUUUUCUGAAAAACUCAUUUGAUUCGAUCACAGAAAAACAAUCUUGGCUUAUUUUUUUUACAACAGUUCGGAAAAUGGGUCUUUCUGAUUCCAAGCUUUGCCUCUAAAUAUUGAGUUUUCUCUUGCGUUUUUCACAUGAACAGUGUCGCAUUUCACCUCAGAUUAUUGAUUUUUUACUGGGAAGACUGGACUUUAUAUUGCCUCAAGGAAUCAAUUUAUUCCACUACCAAUAAAAAGCAAUCAAUUUCUUCUGAAGUAACUUAAUUUCCUCAGACAUGGCUGCCAUGGGGACUUCAUCUGCUGCUAAGUCACAUAACACAUCCCGUGGUUGGUUCGCCUCUUUGGUUUCAGCUCUUCUGGAAUGGCUGCUAAUCUUUUUUCUGUUCUUCGACGCCGUGUUUUCGUAUGUGAUUACGAGGUUUGCUCGUGGCUGUAAAUUGCAAACACCAUGCCUGCUAUGCUCAAGACUUGAUCAUGUUUUAGGAAAAGAGAAAGUAGGAUACUAUUGGGACUUGAUGUGCAAGAAUCACAAGUCGGAAAUUUCUUCCUUGGUUCUUUGCCAUGCUCACAAUAAGCUUGUAGAUGUACAUAAGAUGUGUGAAAGUUGCCUCUUCUCAUUUGCAACUAUAAAUAAGUCUAAUGCUGAAACAUACAGAUUGUUAGUGGGUAAACUGGGUGAGGAAGUUAACUCUGAUUUUGAUGAAGAUGCUUUACUUGGUGAUAGUAAGAUCAGUUCUUUGAGCAAAAGGUAUUGUGCUUGUUGCAAUCAGCCAUGGGUUCCAAGAGCCCAUGCUCAGAAACUGAUUCAGACAAGAUUAGUUGGUUCAGACGCCGCUGAACUUGAGACGCCCCUUUCGGGUGCCAUUGAACAUAAUCAGGAGGAGGUCAUGAAGAAAGGAAGAGAAAGAUCAUUUGUGUCAGCUGCUGCUACUCAUUCUAAAACCCGCGGGCUUGACCCUCUAUCUCACAUUGGAUAUACAGAGCUGAAGAUUAGUUCUGAUACUGAAUCUGAAGCUCCGCUGUCUGAUGAUGAUGGUGGUGGUGUGAGUGCUUUGGUUCGCGAAAGGAAUGACUACGAGGAAGAGUAUUCUGUUCAAUAUGUUGAGCCUCGAAUUGUAACUCUAGAUGAUGCUUUGGCCUCAGAGAAACUGCUAGAUCCAGCAUCUGGGCCGAAACCUUCCUUUUUGGAGCCACAUGUGCAAGUAGAUGCUCUUGAGCAUCUUGAUCAUAAGCCUGAGGAAUCCACUGUUGCUUCUGGGAAAUCCGAGGAAGAGUUUUCUGUUGAACAAGUUCACCUCCGUACUGUAACUCUAGAUGAUGUUUCGGCCUCAGAGAAACGGCUAGAUCCGGCUUCUGGGCUGAAACCUUCCCUUUUGGAGUCACAUGUGCAAGUAGAUGACAUUGAGCCUCUUGAUUGUAAACCUCAAGAAUCUACCGUUGGUGUUGGGCAUGGAUUGGAGGAACUUAACUGGCAAGGUGUUGAAAAAAAGGCAGACAUCCCCAGGCAAGAAGUUGGAGACAAGGCCGAUAUCGCCGAGCUAACGGAAACCACUCUUCGUGAUACUCCAUCGUCAGAUGCAACAGAAACCCCUCUUGAAGUAUCAAAAAACUGCCUAGAUGUUAGGACUGUUGAAGUUACGCAAACAUCGUCAGCGGAAUGUGGAGAAGUUUCUAAGGGAGAAUCUUUGCCACGCACAACAACUGAAACAGGUUUAGAGACAAACACUAUUGCAAGCGAUAGUGGACAGCAGGUAAUCAAUUUAUUGGAUCUUGGAGAUGCUUAUAAACUAGCUGUUGAUAAUAAAGGAAGACAGUUAUCCGGUGUGCUUGCUGAACAAUGGCUUGGGAAGGAUUCUUCAAGAGUUAGUGAGGAUUUGAGAAUCUUACUUACACAAUUGUCUGCCAAUCGAGGAUUUGACCAAUCAAUUAAUGACAUUAGUCCGAAAUUGUCUGUAAAUAGUGAUGAUUCAAAGACUUUGGAUUGUUCUAGUUCUAUCGGAAGGCAGAUACUUCACAAAAGGAUUUCGCUUGAAAGAAACGAGUCCGGACUGUCUAUGGAUGGAAGCAUUGUCAGUGAAAUCGAGGGUGAGAGUAUGGUGGAUCGGUUAAAACGACAGGUUGAGCAUGAUAAGAAACUUAUGAAUGCUUUGUAUAGGGAGUUGGAGGAAGAAAGAAAUGCUUCAGCCGUUGCUACAAAUCAAGCAAUGGCCAUGAUAACAAGACUGCAGGAGGAGAAGGCGGCGCUUCAAAUGGAAGCACUCCAGUAUCUUCGGAUGAUGGAAGAGCAAGCCGAGUAUGAUGAUGAUGAGCUGCAAAAGUCAAAUGACCUACUCUCCGAGAAGGAGAAGGAGAUACAAGAUCUAGAAGCGGAGCUUGAAUAUUAUAGGAAGAAGUUUCCGAAUGAGCGAGUGUUAGAGAAUCCAUCUGAGACAAGUUGUGAUGUGAAGAUAACAGAUAUUGGAGUGGACAACUCCGAAUAUAGUUGUAUUAGAGAUAAUGCAAGUGUUUCUACACACCCCAUUUCAGGAAAACCUCAUGACAAUGACAAAGUUGAAAGUGCUGGCUUGUCCUUUGAAAAUGUGGAUAGGGGUAACGUGAAUUCUUCAGUGCUAGAAUUUGAAGAUGAAAAGACAUAUAUCUUGCAAUGUUUAAAGAAGUUGGAGAAGACACUUUAUCUUCUUUCUGAUGAUGAAAAAAAUACAUACUUGUCUAAAAAUGAUUAUUCUGAAAAUAGAACAGAUGAGUUUAGUGAGUUGGAAGAGCUAACGAAACAUGAUGAAUCGGUAUCUGGGCAGGAUUUAUAUAAUUCCUCACUUGAGAAUCCUGAGCUAAAUGGAAGGGAAACCGAUGAAUUCCAUUGCAGGAAGCAAAGUUCAGCAGAGUUAUCGCAAGUGACUGAUAUGGCUUCACUCAGAGUCGUGGUUUCGGAUCUGAAUAAGAGGUUGGAGGCACUCGAGGCGGACAGGAAGUUUCUUGAACAUGCAGUAAACUCGCUUAGAAAUGGCGAUGAAGGGCUUCAUUUCAUUCAGGAGAUAACUUCUCACCUGCAAGAAUUACGAAAGAUUGUUUUGAGAAAAGAUCAAAGUGUGGCUUGAGCUGUUGGAAGCUUCAUAUCAAAAUGGAUGUUGGGUAGGACAUCGUCAACUUUCGGAGACAAAACAGUUGGAAAACAGACGGACGACACAACUUUAAAUGUACAGCAUCACUAUCUUGAUUCUUGUUUUCUCAUAAGCCAAAGGGUGUCAUUAAAGGACUUUACCUUACCUUAAAAAAAAAAAAAAAAAUUAUUUAGAAGAAAAUCUUCUUUAUUCCCCGCCUUUUAUGGGGUGUGUUUAACAAUUGGAGUGUUUUGCAUUUUACUCAAUUACAAUAGAGUUUUGGUGAGGAUCCUUUUUCUUUUUGAUUGUUGUUUGAGGUUGUUUCAAGAUGUAAGGGCUUGAGUUUGCUUACUUCGUGUAAUCUUUCUUUCUUUCUUUUUUCUUUUUUUUUUCUUUUUUUUUUUCUCUAGAGUGGAUAAGUCAUUUGAUUGUACG